AUGGAAAAUACGAGUGUAUAUGUAUUCGUCUGUCGUUUUACUUUCCAGCCAGCAAGUCAUAUUCCUCUUCGGAGCCAGUGCAGUCGAUCGGUUUGAUAUCUUUUUCGAAUUUGUCGCGUAAGAAUUUCCCGCCUGGACAGUCCUACGCGUUAUUGUUUCAGGUGCUGGUCGUCUUACUCGUCUCUUUGCGUUCGCAUUCUACAGCCUUUCGUAAUAUUUCCACCGCGUUCGGAUUACCACGCGGCGGCAGGUCCUCUAUUGUCCUUGCGCGUAUCGGCUCGUCGGCUUUGCAUCCAUACGCCAUUCCGUCUAUGGAUGAGAUUCCGUGAGUAGAGUCCCUGUCGUGCUGCGUAGGAAGCUGUAUCUCGACUCAAAUCUACUGUUACGCGGAGUAGGCCAUUGCGGAGGGCGCUUUUCGUCGGAGUUGCGCGACAUUUCAUUAUUUAUUUUUCCGCUGUCGCCUUCAUUUCCAUAUCCUUACGAGGCUAUACCACAUGGCGUGUGUAUAGUUUAUCGGAUUCUUUCAAAAUUGGUCAAUCGGCGGCAAUUUUUUUUUUUUUAAUUUCGUCUUAUCUAAUUUUUUCCCCUUAUUUUUUGAUUUGAAUCACACGAGUGACAUUUCAAAAUUGAAUUUAUUUAUAUCGAACAAAUAUUUGAAACCGUUUUAAUCGACUUGAGCCCAUUUUCUCCUCACCAAAGAUGUACGUAAAAACAAUAAUUAUAUGUGGCAUAGGUACAGUCAUCGACAGAAAUAAUUAACUAUUUAAGUGAAAAAGUUUUUUUCUUUUUGUCAACUAUCUUUUUCACUGUAUAUUUAAUGCGGAGGGACAAUAAUUAUAACGAUAAAAUUAGUCGUUUAAAUAAUACGUAAUCGAAUUAGCGCGUCGGGAUUAACAAAUUAUUGUCUAUGUUGAACCGCCGCCGCCAUCGCCGUCAAUUUAGAUUAAAUCGUCAUUUCGUUUCCGUAUGUUUGAGUAUACGUAAUAAUAUGAUUAUUUUCAAUUGACUCGUUUAAAAAAAAAAAAAAAAAAAAAACAUAUUUUCCGUACCGCGUUCGAGUUCAUGUAUGAAUACGUAAACUGUCAAUUUAGAUUCAUAAUUUGUAAUAUUGCAAUGUUUAUUUACGACCGUUGCGUCAAAAUUAUAUAUCCAAAAAAAAAAAAACAACCCUAAUAAUUAAGAUCACAUUUUAAUAAUUAUUGAAAAACAUCUUUGGACCGGCAAGGAGGAUAACAUAAUCGGAGACCUGGAGACGACGGGAAAAACUGAAAAUAGUAUUUUAGGGAUCGUCGAAAACGGAACACUGCGGUCGCGCACCAAGGAGAAGCCAACGCUCACUAUACACUAAGGGCAGUAUCGGAAUCGAACCCCGUAGGGAAAGGACCUUUGGGAAUGCUGAGGUUGAGGCGGGACAACGCGAAAGACAACAUCAGGAAGUGGACCGAAUUGGAUUAUUUCGGCCAUGGGUGA